GUUAUUUAGUGACGGCCAACUUUCUUCUCCUUUAAAAACAGACCCCUCCCCUCCCACUGACAACAAAGGGGGUAAUAAGCAACCGUAGCUCUUCAAAAUCCCAUUUGCCACCGUUCUGUCAUCCGUCCGUCCUUCCGUGUCCAGGGGAGAGUAGAAACAUUCGGAGGCACUGCCUGGAAACAGCUGGCUCUCCUCCUAACACCUGGUUCACCACGCUGUACUGGGGCAUUCCUCUUCAAUCUGCUGCUGUUUAACUGCUGGGAAAGUUUAGUUGGCAACGUCAACAUUUGGCCUGCUGUGUUUCCCCCGCUGUUUUGCAAACUUUUUGCCGCUCACGUUGAAUGGAGAUAAGCGUUUGUGAAAGACCGCUGUCACAGUUAAUUCUAGUUUAACUGUUGAAGUUUAGUGGCCGCCUACAGUCGUAAAAGUCUCGGCUUUUGUGGAAGGAAUCAGAGUUUGCUCAGGAGAAGUUCAAGGGCGGAGAGAAGGCCAGGGCUGGUUGUGGGUUUGGUGGAAAAGCGAGAUUAUGGCGGACGGAAAAGAAACGGCCGAGGCAAUGGACAGUUUAGUCGUGACACGGCACUCCCGAGGGAUGAGCCUGAUGGAAUAUAAGUUCACCAAACGGAUGGAAAAACAGAUUCUGAAAUCCCUGAUACACCGACUGGUGUACAUCGCUCGGCUGACUGGAAACUUGAACGACAAGAGAGAUUUAGGAGCCUACUAUGAGCAGUUGUUUAAGAAGCUGCACAACCACUACCAGGGUGAACCAGCCACAGGCCUGCUCCUCAUCUACCCUCAGUACUGCAUUCACACUGUGGAGUCGUCCAGUGAGAUGUUGACAGCCACUCUCCGUGACCUGGUGUCCCAUCAGCAGAGUGAAGGAGCCCUGCUGAGUGAUGCUAAGAUCCUGAUCAUGUCACAUGACAUCCCCACACGGCUCUACCCACAGUGGAGCCACCGUGUCCUCAACCUGCCCGCGUCACGACUGGACAAGUACGAGACCAACGAUCCCAUCGAACAGCUGGUGCCAGAGUGUCUCACACAGCUGCUAAAGUUGGGAGUAUACCUGGCGAAAACACCCAAACUCAACCUGAAGAAUGCCAUGGACUCCUUACAUGAAAAAGUUCCAGAGCUGCUACCACCACAAGACCUGAUAGGCUACCUGCUGAUGUCCCUGGAGUUGGACAGUCCCCAGCAGUACCUGAAGAGGUACCACCAACCCUUCCACACUGUCCUGGAUGGAGAACUAGUAUGGCCGAUUGCAGACAGACUUUUCCCUCUCAAGCAAUGAUCUCAUUGCAUUCGCGAGACAGGGCCAGUAUGAACCAAUAACAUUCUUAUGAUAACCAUGUUAUAAAAUAAACCUUUUGUGAAACAUUACAACGGAGUGCUUUGCAUUCAGCAGUGACAGGUUCAAAUAUAUUCUAUGAUAUAUUACAGACUUCAUAUCUACACGUAUCUUCCAGAGUCUUGCUCUAUGCUUUCUCUCCUCAAGGAAAUUAAAACAUGUCUAUAUCAGAUAUAAAGCAGAAUUUCCAGUAGUUCCAUGAGAAGGAUUUAUAUAACAUACAAUAUUCUGACAGCCUAAAAUUUCAAAGAGAAAUCUCUUAGAAUGUUUGGUUUACAUAUGGGAAAGGAAAUGGGUUGUCAGUCACAUCAGACUUUGUACAUAAUGUUUGAAUGAAGAAAUUUGUAGUUGUUAAAAGAUUGGUAGCCAUUUUUGAUACAGAUACCUGUUGGCUAAUAAAACUGAGUGUAAAUAAUGGCAACCAUCCAUCUUUCCAGUUUUUUUUUUUUAGUUUCAAACACCUGCGAAGAAUUACCACCAAUAAUGAUACACAAUGUACAUUAUUCUACUGAUGAAGGGGGAUUGGUGUAUCUUGAAACGUUUUGUCAAAAGUUCCUAUUAUCUUGAAUCAUUUCUGCACCUCCACAUACAUUUGUGCUGUAUGGAUCUUUAUAUUUUGAUAAUAAAAGAAAUGU